AUGGAGGACGGCGAUGCUGACCCCAGUGAGUACUCCGUUCUGAGCACGCAGGAGGGACAUGAUUACGAGCAUACACUAGCCGAAAUCUUCAGAUCGUAUGGGUACGCUGUACAGACGAACGUGUACUACUUCCGUUCUGGCGAGAGCUGGAUGCGUGAGCGCGACACAGGCUCGCUUCACUCUGCUCGUAAGUUUUCUUAUAUCAUGAAGGAAAAGAGCCAGCGUAUCAAAUCCACCGAAGAGAUCAAGAAUGAGAUGCAACAGCAUGUGACUCGAGUCAGAAGAGCUGGCUUCAAGAAGUUUGCUUGCCUUCUAGAUGAAUGGCAGCGGCAGGGAGCAGAAGCACAGGUCCCGAUGGCCUACUCGCGGACUGAAGUUCCAAUGCACGAGGUGGAUAUACUGAUUGAGCCUUUGCGCACAACCCCGGUGCCGCGGCGCGAGCUGGCAAAAGUGCUAGUGAGAAGCUCGCUCGGCGAAGGGCUCGACUUGAAAGAAGUUGCGGAAACCUAUUUCAAAAACGGGGCACUUCUUCAAGUAACCACGUCUGGCAAAUUCACCCAGAGAAGGCGCCGUCAACUACAAAGACAGGAUGACGUGGCGGCGUAUUUGCAGUACAAAAGUUUAUUCUUCUUCAACGGUGAUGAUCUGCCCAGUGUCAGAAAGCAGGUCGGUGAUCAGGCAGUAUGGUUUCACAAGAUUUCGGUCAGGGACUUUCACAUCUUGACUGUCAGCGCCCAGAACGAGACCAUCAGCACCCUGAACAAGACCGUCAAGCAGCUGGAACGUGGCAUGUGGGUUCUCUUGUGUGUUGCUGCCGUCGUUGUGGCAUGGAUGUGCAGAAGCACCACAAGCUGA